UAAGCAAGUAAAUGUCGUUCGAUAAAGAAGCAGACGCCGAGCUUAAGUUUGCAGCAUCUUCAAAGCAUGUUAAGGUGCACCCGACCUUCGAAAGCAUGUCCUUGAAGCCAGCUCUUCUCAAGGGAAUCUACUCAUAUGGGUUUGAGGCUCCAUCAGCAAUUCAAUCAAGAGCAAUUGUCCAGAUUGUUUCUGGUAGAGAUACCAUUGCUCAAGCACAGUCUGGUACUGGUAAGACUGCCACUUUCUCCAUUGGGAUGUUGGAAGUGAUCGAUAGUAAAAGUAAGGAUUGUCAAGCAUUGAUUCUUUCUCCUACUCGUGAAUUAGCUCAACAGAUUCAAACCGUGGUUCGUCAUCUUGGCUCCCACAUGAACGUACAUACCCACGCAUGUAUCGGGGGUACUCAUGUUGGGGAUGAUGUUAAAAAACUUCAACUGGGUCAACAUGUAGUUAGUGGUACCCCAGGUAGAGUGUUAGAUAUGGUGAAGCGUCGUAAUCUUACCACUAGACUGGUCAAGAUGUUGAUUCUAGACGAGGCUGAUGAGCUCCUUUCCAAGGGGUUCAAAGAACAAAUCUAUGAUAUCUAUAGAGCUCUUCCUCCCUCCACGCAGGUUGUGGUGGUGAGUGCUACCCUUCCAAAAACUGUUCUUGAAAUGACAUCCAAGUUCACCACCGAUCCAGUAAGAAUCUUGGUCCGUCAAGAUGAUAUUUCUCUUGAAGGAAUCAAGCAAUAUUAUGUAAAUUGUGAGAAGGAAGUAUGGAAAUUCGAUACCUUGUGUGAUUUGUACGAUAAUAUGACCAUUACUCAAGCAGUUAUCUUUUGUAACACAAAGGCCAAGGUAGAUUGGUUGGCUGAUAGCAUGAGAAAGGCAAAUUUCACCGUUGCUGCUAUGCAUGGAGAUAUGAAGCAAGAUGAACGUGACUCUAUUAUGAAUGAUUUCAGACUGGGUUCGCUGAGAGUCUUAAUCUCCACCGAUGUUUGGGCUAGAGGUAUCGAUGUUCAACAAGUGUCUCUUGUUGUGAAUUACGAUUUACCUAGUGACAAGGAAAACUACGUUCAUAGAAUCGGAAGAUCCGGAAGAUUUGGAAGAAAAGGUGUGGCCAUUAACUUUGCAACCAAGGAAGAUUUCCAUUUAGUUAGAGAAUUGGAAAAACAUUACUCUAUCCGUAUCCGUGAAAUGCCUAGUGAUCUCAACUGUUAGAGGAAAUUUAUAGAACUA